GGGGCAGACUCUCUACCAACAUCGCUCAUGUUCUUCAACUACAAAAUAUAAGAAACAGUCAUUUCCUAUAAGGAAUUGCUUGCUGUUUCGUAAUCUCUAGGGGAGUGGGGCCUAAUUAGGGGGAGAGGGUCAAGUUUUGUGCCAUUAGAUAGAUAUUUAAAAAUAUCAAACAAGCUUAUCAUAUUUUUUGAUCUGAUAUGUAUUUUUUGAUGUAAUCUUCAUUUUUAAUAAUUUUCACGGCCUCUUCACUUUGCAGUUAUAGCGUUAUCUAUGAACCAAAAUACUACAACCUGUAUGUAAAAUUAGUGUAUUUUUUUCCCUGGAAAAUGCAAAUCUGCAAUGAAAAUAGGGCUUCCUAUUUCGGAUUUUGAAGUUGAAUUGCGACCCUUCCCCAGUAAGAGAAGUUGGGGGGGGGCGUGAUUGGUGUUACUGAAUGCAGCUUUUGGAUGCAUUUUAUACUUAAAUUUUUAGAUUUAUGAUCCCGGUGUGAAUUUCUCAACAUAUUUUACUAUUUCCAUACAUUUUAAGCACCCGUAUAUUUAAAUUAGGAGUAAAAAUUCAACAGAUUCCGCCAAGCCAAACGAUCGGUCAGAUGAAUCAUUCAAAAAUUGUGUUCUGACUUCAAAAUGGCAUCCAAUCCCGUUUAUGUCAUAGGCGUUGGCAUGACGAGGUUUUUGAGACCAGGUACAAACAAAAUAGACUAUCCUCUUCUGGUGAAGGAGGCAGUCAUUGCCGCCCUCAGUGACUGCAGAGUGCCUUACACUAAAAUUGAACAAGCCUGUGCUGGUUAUGUUUAUGGAGACUCUACCUGUGGCCAGAGAUCCCUGUACGAAAUUGGGAUGACUGGCAUUCCAGUGUACAAUGUUAAUAAUAACUGCUCCACGGGAUCUACAGCCUUGAUGCUAGCCAACCAAUUUAUUAAAGGUGGAUUGAAUGACUGCGUCCUGGCUGUUGGGUUUGAAAAGAUGGAGAAAGGCUCCUUAACUUCGAAAUUCCGAGAUCGUGUUAGUCCUUUAGAAAAACAUAUGAAGGUACUAUCAAACAAUUGUCCAAUCGUAGCGGCACCAAUGUCAGCUCAAAUGUUCGGAGCAGCAGGCCAAGAACACAUGACUAAGUACGGCACUACAAGAGAACAUUUUGCCAAAAUCGCUCAAAAAAAUCACAGACAUUCCGUUCACAACCAGAAUUCCCAAUCCAAUCGUGAAUAUUCACUACAAGAAAUCCUGGAAUCGCCAGUUGUUUAUGGACCACUCACAAGACUUCAAUGUUGUCCAACCUCGAAUGGAGCUGCUGCAGCCAUUUUAGCCUCCAAGAAGUUCGUAGAAGAAAAUAACCUUCAAAGUCAGGCGAUUGAAAUCGUAGGCAUGGAAAUGACUACAGACCCUCCAUCAAGCUUGUCUGAAAACAGCUGCAUCAAAAUGGUUGGCUUUGACAUGACACGCAACGCAGCCCAAAAACUUUAUGCCAAAACUUCCAUAACACCACAUGACAUCGACGUCAUAGAACUACACGACUGUUUUUCAACUAACGAGUUAAUAACAUACGAAGCAUUAGGUUUGUGUGAAAUUGGCAGGGGUGCUGAAUUAGUAGAUUCGAAUGAUAAUACCUAUGGAGGCAAGUAUGUAAUUAAUCCCAGCGGUGGUCUCAUUUCCAAAGGCCAUCCUUUAGGUGCAACUGGCCUAGCACAGUGCUCUGAGCUAUGUUGGCAACUAAGAGGUGCCGCGGGAUUAAGACAAGUUCCUGGUGCUAAAAUAGCACUUCAGCAUAAUAUUGGUCUUGGUGGUGCGGUGGUGGUAGCUUUAUACAGACAUGGUUUUCCUGAAUUUUCAAAGAGCCAUAAAUCAAAACUUUAAUUUUUUUUCUCCCAAAGCAUAAUAUGAACUUAUUUUCAUUGCAUAACUAAAACUAGGCAAUUUUACAUAUUUAUAAUCAUUCCUGUUAACUUUUUUUCCUCUUUCAAUAAAGAAUAAUAAUAAAAAAAAAUGAUAUGUAAGGUAGAUUAUACCCAAAAUCCAAACAAAAGGUAUAAUCUAAAUCAGAAAUGGAAAAACUUUUUUCACUCUAAAAUUAGGAAAUGAAUAUUAUAAAAGUAAAAUGCUAUUCAACAUUAUGUAGAUAAUUUUUACUAUAUAAAAAUUGAAUUUCUGUAAAUGUUAUUUUCAAAUAAUAAAUAUAAAAAUAAACAUACUAUGGUAUUGUUUAAAACAGUGAAACAAACUUGUCUUUAAACAAGAUGUAGUUUUUACUUUUAUACUCCUUUGUAAAUUAUGUUUUAAUCAGUAUUCAUCAAUUUUUGCAUAAUUUUUGUUCAU